AUGGUCAUUGACUCCCACGGAGAAAGAUUCAGACUGUCGGAGAAAGUCAUAUCCGACAGCAGCCCGCCACCCCCCUUACAGGUCGAGCUGCUAGAUACUUCUUCACUGCCGCCGAUUUCUUACACCUUGGGCGAUAUUCGUUUACCAGCCUUCCAAACAGCAAUCGUAACACCAAAGCUGAGCCCCCAGCUCAAACAAGAGGUUCAACUAAUUCCUGUCCAGCAUCCGGGUCUUGGUGAGGUCGGUGUGAAGAUUGCCUGCACUGGCAUUUGUGGUAGCGAUGUUGUCUUCUCUCUUGGACCGGAAGAUGGCCUCCGGGGACCUAACCACAUUGCUGGCCAUGAAGGCAUUGGGCACAUCGUUAUGAGCCACGAUCGAUCCCUCCUUGGGAAGCCUGUUGCCGCGAGAUACCUGGCUUCCUACUGCCGAAGUUGCCAUUACUGUACUCGCAACGUGCCCGAAUCCUGUCCAAAGCAAACGACAUUUCCUCGACACCACAACGGCACGUUCCAGCAGUAUAUGACCGCGCCAUACACUUCCCUCAUGCCCCUGCCAGAGUUCAUAUUUGAUAACACGGCGGGCCCGAGUCUCGGUGUCUACACCACGGCCCUAUGUUCCGAGGCCGCGGCACUUAGAGCGUUGAAAGCUGCGAACCCUGCCCCCGGCGACGUGGUCAUCGUUAGCGGGGUGUGCGGAGGAAUCGGCCAUCUGGCCGGCAUGAUGGCUCGCAACGUCUUUGGAGCCAAGGUCAUUGGUGUCGAUUUACCAUGGAAGGUGAAGGCCUUAGGCUCAAGGGCUGCUGAUGUCUUUGACGAAUUUAUUCCUGCACCUACAGAUACCAAAACAGCCGACCGGGCCGAGUUUAUGGAAAGAAUUUCCGAUGCCUGUGGUAGGUUACGCACCGUUGGAGAGGCUCGCCGCGGCGCAGACUCUCUUCUUGUAACAUCUGGCGAAGAAUCUGCUUUUGAAGGGCUGAUUGAUUACGUUUGCGACGGCGGCUCAGUGAUCUGCGUAGGUGUCACGAAAUCCAGAGGCAACUUGACAAUUCCCUUGGCUUCGAUGGUUGAGCGCUCUAUCAAGUUUCAAGGUCUGUUAAUGGGUGGAUGGGAUGAGAGUUUUGAGGUCAUGGAGUUCAUCAGAGACGGCAAAGUGAAGCCUAUGAUUACAGAAGUCCGUCUUGAGGAAGUUCCGUCGCGAAUGAAAGCCUUUGGGAGUCAUUCAAACGCCGGGAAAUUGGUAGUCAGGAUUGAUUAGGACAGUAGCGCCAUCGAGUCUCAUUCAAAUGAAGAUGACAAUUACUGGAUAGCUUAGGGAUUGAAUCAGGGAACGUACAGCAACAUAUGACUAGAU